CAGAUGGUGAUUUAUUCUCUAAGUGCAGAGAGUUAAUAGAUCAGUCUGAGGUCCAAUCAAUGAUCCUCCGUCAUCUAUCCGUCAGAUGAUCAGGACAUAAAGAGCCGCAGAAGGAUAGAAGAGUGCACAGGGAGCCGAUUAACAGAGCUGAAACAACUGAAACCAGCCGACAUUUAGCCGACAUGCAGCCGAAAUCCAGCUGCAGUGACGAGCCAUCACCACCCAACCAGGCCGUCCUCUCUCUGCUCUGUGAGAGAAAACUGCUCCUCCCUGACUGACCACCAUCACCACGUCAGGAAGUCGAAGAUGCACCAUGUGCCUGGCCACGCCCCCACACAUCACACUCACCUGCAGCCUCACCUGUUCCCCACAGUGGAUGUCCCUGACCACGCCCACUACAUUAUUGGCUCUUUCAUCCUGUUGGUAGGGAUGACAGGCAUGUUGGGAAACGCUCUCGUCAUCUACGUGUCCUGUCGCAGUCGGACUCUGCGGUCACCCAGUAACCUUCUGGUGGUCAACCUGGCGGCAGCCGACUUCCUUAUGUCACUUACGCAGUCUCCGGUCUUCUUUGUGGCCAGUCUGCACCGUCGCUGGGUGUUUGGGGAACUGGCCUGCGAGCUGUACGCCUUCUGCGGCGCUCUGUUCGGCAUCACCUCCAUGAUGACAUUGACUGCCAUCGCGGUGGACCGCUGCCUUGCCAUCACAUGGCCGCUGGCCCUUUUGGGCAGGCUAAGUCGUCGGCGGGUGUUGGCAGUGCUGGUGGGGGUGUGGUUGUACUCUCUGGGCUGGAGUCUGCCGCCGUUCUUUGGGUGGAGCGCCUACGUUCCUGAGGGGCUCCAGACAUCCUGCAGCUGGGACUACAUGAGCUUCACGGCCGCUGUGCGUACCUACACCAUCCUGCUGUUUGCCUUCGUCUUCUUUGUCCCGCUCGCCCUCAUUGCCGGCUGCUACUUCGCCAUCUUCCAGCAGCAGCAGCAGCAGGGCAGCCACAAACAAACUGCUAAGAGUGACAGACUGGACCCAGCUAUGAUCAGAUUGGUCUCGCUGAAAGCGGUGCGGCGGGCAGGGCGGGAGGUGGAGCAGCUGAGCUGUGGAGAGACCAACAAGGCAUAUGAGCGUCUGCGCAGCGAGUGGCGGAUGGCUAAAGUGGCCAUCCGAGCCACGCUCACCAGUCAGAGCUCGCCAGGAGUCCGGCUCAGCGCCGGCGUCUGGACCAGUGGCCGCUGGGGGAAGAGCCGACUAUUGUCAGUGUCUGACAGCGAGUCCUGUUGGACGGAGAGCGAAGCUGACGGAUCUGCUGCCAGAUUAACGACCUUCAACAGACAGGUGUUUACAGAUGUUACCGCUAACACCUCCAACACUAAGUCUGCCAGCACCACCAGCUCUGCCCUGCUCAGCCAGCACAGACGACAAAGAGCUGACAGCACCUCGCCUGUGGCACCUGACGCUGGCUCACUCGACAGGGAUGCUGUGAUGGAGGUGAUGCUGUGUGUGUCGCUGGUGUCUGUGUCGGCCUUCGUGGAGGAGCUGGAUGAUUCCUUCAUGGAGACCAGAGGAGCUGACGACAUCUGGCUCAUUAAGUUUUACGCCCCGUGGUGUUCCUUCUGUAAACAGCUGGAUCCUGUUUGGCAUCAGAUUGGAUCAGAUCUGAAGAGUCUCGGGUCUCCAGUCAACGUCGGUAAAUCAGACGCCACCGCCAACACCGGUCUGGCCAAGAAGUUCAGGGUCAGAGGUUAUCCAGCCAUUCUCAUGUGGAAGAAAAAUGUGAAAUAUAAUUAUUCAGGGCCGAGAACCAAAGAUGGAAUCAUGGACUUUGCUUAUCGAGUUGGAGGGCCAUUGGUUCGAUCUCUGAGCAGUCUGCAGCUUUUCCAACACGCCAUGAACCGUCACGAUGUCAUGUUUGUUUAUGUUGGCGCCACAUCACAGCUAAAGGGAAACUACACGUCUGCAGCUGAGGAGCUGAUCGUCCACACCUACUUCUUCUCUGCUACCAGAGACAUCCUGCCAAAGGCCAUCUCCCUGCCCUCUCUGCCGGCUGUGGUGGUUUUUAAAGACGGGACCUACUUCACCUACAACGAGGAACAUGAUGGUGAUCUGAAGUCGUGGAUCAACAGGGAACGUUUCCCAAACUACUUCAAGAUUGACAGCUACACUCUGUACGCCAUGGGAGAGUCAGGUAAACUGGUGGUGUUAGCACUGGUGGAGGAGAAGAACCUGUGUGAUAAAAGUCUGAGGUAUAAAAGUCUGGUGGAGAAAGUGGCUGCAGACCACAGAGAGAUCUACAGCAGAAACUUCUACUUUGGCUUCAUGGAAGGCAGUGAAUACAUUAGGGGACUGGUGAUGGGUGAGGUGAUCGUGCCGUCGUUUGUCGUGGUUAAUCUGUCCAAUGAUGGCUACUUCCUGCCACCAGCCGCCGUGGAGACGGAGCACCACCUGCUGGACUUCCUGAAUGGGGUUCUGGACGGCAGUGUCCAGUGUCAGGGAGGAAAUGGCGUCGUCCAGCGCGUCAAACGCUUCAUUUACGAUAUAAAAGUCAACCUAUCGCCGGUGUUCAGCCAGGCUCCGCUGCUCGGCUGCUUCCUGGUCGGCUUUCCAUUCGCCCUCGUUGCCAUCUUCUGUUACCUCUGUUGUAAAAACCGACCCACCAUGAACGAUGACAGCGAUGAUGUCACGCCGUUACCUCCGUCAUUGCAGCACCGCAAAAAGCCGACCGACAAGAAGUCUGACUGAGCAUAUGAGGAGGAGGACCACGCUGAUCCCGGACUGAAACUGAUCCAGAAAAUUUACUCUCCAUCACAAUGUCGCAUCACUUGUCUCUGAGCUAUCUCAGUCAAAUGAAAUAAGAGUUCACGCACUUUAACACUGUUUUAAUGACAGCAGUGAUUAAAACAAUAACUUAACAUCUACAGUGAAAAACCUGUUUCCUCUUGUUGGUUGGCUGUGCUGUUUGAGCUUCACUGUGCAGAAUUGACAGGUUUCGUCCAAAUGUUGUGAAAAUUUUAACUGAAUUUCCAAAAAAUGUUGAAAAAUAAA